CUCCACUAGUUGGGCCCUUUUGAGCUCUAUUUCUUAUAUAGUAAUAUAAAACAGUAGGUCGUUAGGGUUUCAAUAAUAAUAAUCCAUUGAGCUACUGUAAAGGGAAGGCUUGCAACAAUAUCAACCAUGGUUCUCAAGACAGAACUUUGUCGUUUCAGUGGUGCCAAGAUUUAUCCUGGGAGAGGUAUCCGAUUUAUUCGUUCAGAUUCUCAGGUGUUCCUGUUUGUCAACUCAAAAUGCAAACACUACUUCCACAACAAGCUGAAGCCAUCCAAACUUACUUGGACAGCUAUGUAUAGGAAGCAACACAAGAAGGAUAUUGCACAAGAAGCUGCUAGGAAGAGGCGACGUACCACCAAGAAACCUUACUCUAGGUCCAUUGUGGGUGCAACCUUGGAGGUUAUCCAGAAGAAGAGAACUGAAAGGCCAGAAGUUCGAGAUGCUGCCAGGGAGGCUGCUCUUCGUGAAAUUAAGGAAAGGAUCAAGAAGACAAAGGAUGAGAAGAAGGCUAAGAAGGCAGAGGUGAUGGCGAAGUCUCAGAAAGCUGGAGGAAAGGGCAAUGUGUCCAAAGGAGGUGCAAAAGGUCCUAAGCUUGGUGGCGGUGGAGGAAAACGUUAAGCUGCUCUCUAUGGUGUUUCCUUGUUGGCAAUAGAGUGGUUUGUUUGAAGAGACUGUAAGCGAGACCGUCAUUUACAAGUAUCUCAUAGUUAAAUCUGCAGACAAAUUUCUUGUCAACGGUUUUGCAUUUAGUUGAGAAUGCAGCUGUUGAUUCCCCCCAGACUUGUGACUGAUUUUUGGCGCAUUCCCUAUAGCGGGUGUAGUUUUUUCACUCUUAAACAAUAUAUUUUAGAAAAAUCUGUUUUUGCUUCAAA